CCUCGUGUUGGUGACCGGGAUGGCGGUUACUUUACCCCGCCGCAGUGCUUAUUGCAUAGAAUUUUGUGUAAUUCCACAAGGAAUUAAUUUUCACCCCAAGGUGCCGUGCAGGAGUUCAUGCCCAUCUAAUGACCCAGCGCGCUUUGUUUUAAACGCGCUCAGGACACGCGUUCGCUGUCUGGACCGCAGCUGAAAGAGCAGCUCUAAUUAACGGCACGUGGUAGCGAGAAACCGAUUCCCUGCUAAGCACAAAGCGCGUGCAGCUUGCUUGAGACGUCCUGUAUAUUCCUGGUGAUAUUGCCUUCCAGAAAACAUUCUAAGCUUUAUUUCACUUUUACAAGUCACGUCGCUGACUACGUGAGGAAUCUGGCGGGGAAGGGUUGGACAGAGGCAAUAAAUAGAGCGGUAAGAGCACGCGGUGCUCAGCGCUGCUUAUGGGCAGCACAGCCCCCCAUCCCAGCCAUCUUCUGCCGUCCUCAUCCACACGCUGUGAUGGCGGUUUUGCAGCUCGGCUUCACCAGAACGCGACCCGUCUGCUGUCUGAUCGCAGCGUUGUUACACGCGUGCUGUGUGCGUGCAGCUCUCGUGUGGUUCUGGUCGGGUUUUGGUCCCGGUUACCAUUGCACAGUCACGCUCUUUCUAGGUGACCCGGGAGCCCCCUGGAGACGCCUCUUUGUAUUCGGCUCUGCUUAUUAAUGGAUGCGGAGCCGAUAUAAGCGCAGUCAGCUUUGUGGUACUUUUGAGAUGACGGCAUCUUACGAAGCGUAAAUUGUUUUCAGCUGACUUUAUGUAUGUUUGAAGAUGGUGUGAAAAAUCCAACUCUCGUAUUAAACUCUACACGCGAUGGCGGUGAGGGCUGUGUGGUGGCAGCAGGGCACAGCAGCACUUCGUAUUUCUGAACCGAAGAGAUGAAAGAGAAACCAGCAGCCAGUGCCCUUCCCUGGCUCAGCGCCCGGUGCCAACAGAACACCUUGCAGGAUCCUCAGCAGCGCAGACAACACAACAGGCUGUGUGCAGCUGUGAUCCUGCCCUAUGAGAGCGGUAUUCCUUCCUUCCCUCGGUGUGUUGUUUGGAAACCUUCGUGCUCCACUCUCGGGUCCCUCCCAAGUCGCAGGGCUGGCACCGCUCCCUCAGCUUGUCCGAAUGGCGAAUGGCACCGUCCGUCGCCCGCGUUGGUGCAGCCUCAGAUGGCACUUCUCUCUGGAUGUCGGCUGCUCCCUUUUGUUUGUUGUUGCCCGGGCUGGGUGUGGUGGGGCUUUUUUUGGAGUUAAUUGUAAAUGAACCUGAAUGGCAAACACAUCAACAGCUUGCGAAAAAAAGAGAGGAAAAAAAAAAAAAAAAAAAAAGCCCCUCACAAACGCCUUCUGCUGUGACAGAUGCCCAUGUUGCCCCUGGCACGGAGAACGGGCACGAGGGGGUUGCUGCCGAGCUUUUUUCUUUUGCUGUUCUUAUUGUCCGCGUUGCCGUUUUCCCUUUAUUUUUGAAGCCUCCAAGAUGCCGGCCUCGGCAUGGAGCGGCGCGGUGUCAUGGCGGAGACGACGGCCUUUGUCUCGCGGGGUGUGAAAGCAUCCGUUGUGCUGGCUCCACUGCGGCAGAAUGACGUUCGAGGGGGAAACGUGCUGGAAGUCGGCGCGCUGUGCCCAUAGCCGAGCGUGUCCGAGGCAGGGCUGGCGGCGGAGAGCCUCGUCUGUAAUCCUGGCACUCGCGCCUCCGCUCGCUGCGCGCCGCUUGCUCCUGGGGGUCUGGAUAAUCUCCCUUAGCGUUACCGCACUGUCUGGCCCGCGCACAGGGCCCCCGUAACAUAUACCCGCUGCCGUUAUCGCACGGAACUGUGGCGUUGCCACUGAAUGGAUGGCACUGUGCCAACUCUUCUGCCAUCCGCCCUUGCAGCUUUUUUUUCUUCCCUCCUCCCUCCCUCUCUCCCCUCCUCCUCCUCCUCCCGUCGACUUGACGUUAAUUAACACACGGGUUAAUUGAUUUUAAAAGCUGAAGAAUUACAGUUAACUUUUCCCACAGGGUACUGCCGCCUGGCACGGCGCUGCUGCUCGUGCGGUGCAGGGGGGCAGGGAUGCGCCCGCAGCAGAGCUGGGUGGCUGCAGAGGUUCUGUCUUUGGAGCGCGGCGGAGGGAAGCCGAUGUGCGCCCGUCUCAUCCUUCCCAAGAUGUCACCAUCGUGUUUUGCGACAAACAGUCCCGGCGCUCCCUCCCCUCUGCGCUCGAUGCAGGCUCUGCUGGAGGGGCAGCAGGAGGGCAGCUCGGCCGCAUGGCGGGGCUCCCAUUUGCGUGAGCUGGAGGUGCUGGGGCGGGGAGCCUGGGGAACGCUUCCCUUUUCUACUCAUGCUGUUUUCCAGGGCAGUUUUUGUUUCCUCAAUUGGCUCCGAUAUGUCACUUGGGGGGAAGAAUCUCAACCGGGGGAAAGUUGGAUGGUCGUAAUUACAGGCGAAAUGCACCAUGUGAGGGCUUUGUUUAUUCACUUUCUCUCUCCCUUGCCCCGAUCUCUGCCGGUGAAUGACGGUGCGGUUGGGAGGAGACGCGGCGGGGCUGGGAACUCAUCGCUUCCACCUUCUUGUGCUUUCAUUUUAUUUCAUUUUGUUUUUUAAAAGCAUGAAGCAAGUGAAGCGACAAGAGGAAUCCAUUAUGCAAAUCAGGUCACAUUUGCAUAAUGUCUCAUGACUGGAAUAUGCAAAUGAGUUGUAUAAUUUAUGAGUGCCAGUGUCUGUCUAAAAGUGUUUCCCAGAAUUUAUAAAAAGUGAGACGUGGGGAGGGCAGCUGGGCUAGCUGCCCUGCCAGGAGGGCUCUGCGCUUUCUUUUCAAAGUCUUCCUUAAGACCUGCAGCUGAAAUGCUCCUUACUGAGAAGCCAGCCCACCCUUCCACACCGUCCCCCUCGUUUUCUUUUCUGUUUCUCCCUCUGCCAAGCCUGGACCCGCUCGCCCUGAACUUCUCCAGGAGGCGAUGGACCCGCUCGCUUACCAGGACUCUAAGGCCACGCAGCUCUGAGCAGUCUGCUCCAUCCCUGCCUCUGUCUGGGCGCUCUGGCACUUUCCGGCAGGGAGGCUGUGCCUUUCAGGCACGGCUGCACGGGCGCAGUGUGUGCAGGGAGUGGUUGUAGGUGUUUGCUUCCCACAGUGCGGUGGAACUGCUGCUCGUCCAUAAUGCACGGCAACCUGUGAUGAGAAACCCAUCUUGACCCUGCAAAGAGCAGCAAGGUCUGCGCAGGGCUGGCAGUGCCCUGGAGAGCGACCUCGAGCUUCGUGCACUGAGCAGGCUAUUUCAGCGCUGAAAGGGUCCCUGGAACACGCUGGAAAUGCAGGACAGGUGCCAAGACCGGUCUGGCUUACGUUCGUUCUGCAUAUUUGGAGAUCUCAGGAGCAUCAGGAGAACACAGGAAGGAUGAGGUGCAGGCAGAGGUGUGAACACUGCUUUCUGAACAGUCCCACAAUGGCACCUGUCUGCCAACAGCAGCUCCUCUUUCCAGUCUGAAAGCUCUCAUGGAAGAAUAACCCUCAGCAUCCUCAGCAGAACUGUUCUGAGCAUUUUUAAAUGGCUAUUGGGUGACAGAAAAGCAUGGCUAGAAGAGGCACAUGAGAACCUGUUAGCUGUCGAUCCUGCUGUCCUCAGCUGGAUGCUCAAGAGCAGAGGAUCUAUCAACUGCAGACCAAGCAGAGGCAGAGGCAGAGGCAGGCAGAACCGGAGCAGUAAUGCAGCCAGAUCCAGCAGCUCAGCCAGGAGCUGGAGGCCACCACCAGCUGCAGGAGGAAGCUUGGAUGCAGCGUGACUGUGAAAAAUCACAACACCAGCUGCACAUAAGAAAUUCCUGGAAAGAAGAACAAAGCCAACUGUUCUCCAUGUCCACGAAGGCAUGCCCAAGAACUAAUGGGUGUAUCCUACAUCGAGAAAGAUUCAGGUUAGGAACAGCUUCUAAUGGAGAGGAGAACAAAGCAGGCAAACAGACUGCCAGGGGCCCAAGGAUUCUGCAUCACAGGGGAUCUUCAAGGAGAGACAAACAGAAGAAAAGGCACCUAUAGGUUCCCUUGUCAUAGAACUGCAAGAUGGGCCAUCAAGCUCUUGAGAUUCGUGCCAGCCUUGCUCAGUUUCUAAACCCAGCUUUGUUCAUACCCUGAUACUCAUCUGUCUUCUUCAAAGCCCCACCAUAGUCUCCUUUAGCACUUAUGUGCUAUCAACUUGCCAGGGUGAUUGUUCUUCCUAGGAAAGUGACUGCGCUUGAGUCUUGGAUGGAUGCUUGCUUUCUACUGUGGUUCACCUGACCUCCAUGAGACUCAAUGCCUGCUUUGUGUUGUAAAUGGUGUCCCAUCUUGAGAUGCAUUGCCCACUUCCUGUGCUGGAUAGUAACAUUGAUCUGUGGGAGUAUUCUUCCCUCUUCCUUGGAACCUCAUUCUUAUGCUUCUGCAGGCUUGUUCAUAGGAGACUGGCUGAGGAGCACGCUCACUGCUGUUUUCCCAGGCCGAGGCUUUGCCAUCUGAGCACACCCAAAGGCGUUGCUGCUGUUUGUUUCCGGGGGAAGCGUGAAGCCCUGUGGGGACGAAGCCUGGUUAAGCUGAAAAAAAUGCAGCAAUUUUUCUUGCGGUCAGAGUUAUUUUUAACACCAAAGCACGGAGCAGCAGCCGCCGUCGAUGCAGUCAAUCCCUCCUCUGGCAGCACUGUGCAGCUCUGUGAGCCCCGCCGGGAUGCAGCCCAGGGUACAGCACCUAUGGCACCAAGCACAGCUCCACUCUGCACCUCGGCAGCGUGGCUGGAGUGCGGCACAAGGAUGGCACAGAGACGUGAGGGUGUGAAUACCUGAGAUUGGUACAAGGCUGCCAGAAGAUUCAGCCCCUGCCAGCACUGGGCACAGUGAUGGUUUGCUGUGCAACAACCUGGGCCAGGCGCAGUGUCACCGGGUUCUGGUUCUAGGCAUUGUCCUCAGAACAAGACCAGGGCUGGGCUGUAGUGGGAAGAGUGCCAUGCCAUGCCUGGGAUGCAGCAUGGGCAAGGGGAAGGAGAGUGGUGCGGGGAGGUGAGAACUGCAGGCACCGCUGGGGCCCUGCACCCUGGAGAGGAGGGACUGAUCCUGCUGGGGUUGGCAGAGAGAAUGUGACCAGAAUAUGGCACAUGCAGGGAGGUUCCUGAAGUGAGAUGCCAGUCUAAGGAGACCCAGGGAGUACUGCGAGGGGCAGAGGUGACCAUGGCAGAGCAGAGCAGCCACAUCCAGCAGCAGCAGCAGGAGAUGGAGUCCUCUCAGUCUCAGGGCCAGAGAGAAGCAGUAGUGCUGGAGCCACAGUAUGGAGGGGCACAGACACACCAGGAAUCACAGCAGCAGGACACACGAGCCUUCCUACAGAUGCUGCAGGUGGACUUGGACAUCUGCAGGGACCUGAACAACAUACGGUUGGCCCAGCUGCAUCUGCAGCAGCAUAUGGUGGAGCAGAAGCACCAGGACUUGAUCUCUCAGAAGCAUCAUUACCGGGCAGUAAUGGAGCAGGACCAGAAGGACACAGCUCAGAUAGAGGCAACUUCUGCAGAUUCCUGUAGUAGUUCCAGUGCAAGUGAUGAUCUCCUGGAGAAGUACACAGAGCAACUCGAGCAGGUGGCCGUGCAAGCAGGCACAGAGCACUGCAGACAGAGGUGGGAAGCCCAGGAGCAUCAGUGCUGGGCACGGGACACAACAUCAACAGGGCACAGUACUGCUAAGGAAGAAGCUCAGGGCAGAAGGAGGCAGUGCCAGCGAGCAGCCCUGUCUCAAGCAGCCCAGGUCCCAGCACAGUCACUGGCAGACCAAAGCCACCUACAGCACGAGGAGGAACAGCUGCAGGCGAGUGCAGGGAGCACCAUGCAGUGCACAGAGGAACAGCCAUGCUCUUGUGCAAGGAGUAGCAUGCAGCACACAGCUGACAGCAGCAUAGUGGAGCUGCGAGCGCCGCAGGAGGUAGGAGAAAGCAGGGAGAUGGCAGUGUGGCUCCAGAUGGAGCUGAGCCGGUGGCAGCAGAAGCAGCAGGUGACUCUGGAGCAGUCACUGCAACACAUGCAUGCUGCUGCCCAUGCCAAACAGGAACUACAGAAGAGCCAAGAACAACUCCAAGCCCUGAAGAAGCAGCUGAAGGCUCAGAAGGAGCAGAACCGGACCCUGCAGGAAAGCCUGGAAAAGCAGCAAGAGGUGCUGACAGCCACCAAGGCCAGGGAGAUGCAAAGCUUGCAGCAGCUCAGUAGACAGAAGCAGACAAUCCACGACCUACAGCAGAAAGCAGCCUCGAGCAGAAAGAAGAUGUCAGAGCUGCUAGAGCAGGUGGAGGAAGUGGCAUCCCUGAAGGCAGAGCUGGCCCAAGCCCAGAGAAAGAUAGGCCACAAUCUUCCACUCCUUGGUCGUUAUGAGGAAGAGAGGCAACAGCUCCACAGGGAACUCAAGAAGCAACAGAGGGCCCAGGCGCAGAGCCAGCAGGAGGCCCGCUCCUUCCAGGAGCAACUGCAAAAGCUGAGGAGCCAAGUUCAGUACUGGCAGGAGUUACACCAGGACACUCAGCAAGCUCUGGCUAGACGGGAAGAUGAAUUGUCUGUCUGCAACGCAGAGAUGGAUUUCAAGGAAGAAUUCAUCAAGGCCAUGAGACAGGCUCAGGCCAAGAACAGACGGAACCACGGCCUAAGGGCAGGAGGAUUGCAACCUGAGCCCCAGGCACCGCUGAAGGACAGAUGCUGGCCUACAGGCAGGGCAGAGGUGGAAAGGCCAAGCCACAAGUGGGCUGACUGCAGAGCCAACACCAAGGGAGGAGGCGGUGGCAGUGGGUCUGUAAGCAGCAGCAUGCCAACAUCUUGUUCUUCUUUAAGUAGUCCACUUUCCUCUGUUGCUAGAAAGGUGCCCUCAGUAUGACACUAAGUUUCUGUCCAGACUGCUGAGGUAAUGGUUCCUUCAUUCCAGAACAGCUAUACCAAGACAUAGGCAACUGCAGACACAGCUCAGCCCCAAAGGCUGCUGCCUCCACAC